AUGGCUGCCGCUACUGCUGCUAAGCGUAACUUCGGAAGUCUUGUAUCAACAGACGAAUUGGCCUCAUCAUUGGACCAAAUCAAAGUGCUCGACGGUUCAUGGCACAUGCCCAACGCUAACCGCGAUCCCCACCAAGACUUUGUCAAGCAACACAUUCCCGGCGCGCGUUUCUUUGGGAUUGAUGAAAUCAAAGACACAACUGUAAACUUGCCACAUAUGCUUCCUACGCCCGAAGUAUUUGCCGAAGCAGUUGGCCAGCUCGGUAUCAGCGAGAAAGAUCAAGUUGUUGUCUAUGAUUCCGUAGGUAUCUUUUCCGCCACGCGGGUCUAUUGGACAUUCAAGGCCUUUGGACAUCAAAACGUAUCCAUCCUUAAUGGUGGAUUGCCAAAAUGGCUCAAGGAAGGCCGUCCCACGGAAUCCGGUGAAACCAAGGUGACGCCUGCCAAAUAUGCUGUGCCCACUCUGAACAAGCAGCUCGUUCGCGACUAUGCUCAGGUACUUGAAAAUGCUCGUCGUGGUGGAAAGCCAGCACAAGUGUUGGAUGCACGCCCGAACCCACGUUUCACAGGCGAGGCCCCGGAACCACGACCUGGACUGAGUUCCGGCCAUAUGCCCGGAUCUAUUAGCGUGCCUUUCAAUGUUGUCAUUGAGGAUGGCCAGUUGUUGGACUCUGAGAAGCUGCGCGAAGUUUUUGAAUCUCGUGGUGUCGACCUCAGCAAAGAAAUUGUAACGAGCUGUGGUAGCGGUAUUACGGCUUCAACGCUAUAUGUUGCAUUGGAACAAGCUGGUGCCAAGAACGUUGCCGUCUAUGAUGGAAGUUGGACUGAGUAUGCGGACAAGAAGGACAGCAUUAUUGAGAAGGAUACUUAG